UAUCAUUUUUCUAAGGUUAGUUAGAAAUUAUUGUUUACUUUUUGGGAAGUGCUUGUGAAUUUUAAGCUUCCAAUUCAAUGACUGACUCUUUUCCCUUUAUCUUUGAAACAAUUUCCCAUAUGAUGUAUGCUGGAAGUGCUGCACGCCAGCAUGUUCCAUGAAGUUGUCAGUAUCAGUGAUAUUCUUUGCUCACUAACUUUGUUUGCUUUUAGAAAAGAAGUGCCUUCUGUAUGGAAUAUCAAACAAAAAGAGUGGCAUCAGAACGGGUAGCAACACAAAACACCCUUUCAGUGAUAGGCGAAUGCAUUGAUCAGUUUGCCCCAGGCUGUGCAGGAAUACAGAAGAUACUCAAUGCGCGUUGCCCAUUAGUGCGGUUUUCCCAUCAGCCAUCAGGAUUUCAGUGUGACCUCACUGCUAAUAAUAGAAUAGCUAUGCGAAGCACAGAACUCCUUUAUAUCUAUUCUAAUAUUGACCCUCGGGUACGGGCUCUCGUGUUUGGUAUUCGGUGCUGGGCUCGUGUUCAAGGGAUUACAAGCAGUGUUCCUGGAUGCUGGAUCACUAACUUCUCCUUGACCAUGAUGGUUCUGUUCCUGCUGCAGAAAAGAAAUCCACCAAUUAUACCGACAUUAGACCAGCUCAAAGACCUAGCAGAAGCAGAAGAUGAAUGUAUCAUUGAGAGUCAUGACUGCACGUUUGUUUCUAAUAACAAAAUAAAGCCAUCCCAAAAUACACAAACUCUGGAGGAACUUCUGCAAGAAUUCUUUGAAUUUUAUGGCAAUUUUGCAUUCAACCGACUGUCCAUCAAUAUCAGAAAG